AUGCCCCCCAAGACUGGACGGGGCCGCCCUAAGGCGAGCGCAGCGCAACCAUCCCAACAGACGAGCGCAGACGAAGCUGGUCCAUCAACGAGUCAAUCGCCAGCAGCUAAGAAAGAGAAGGCAUCAUCCAAAGCAGCGGAUGCAGCAGCGUCACCUUCCGCUUCCAAAGUGCGCAAGUCCACCGCUGGAACAAAGGGAGAGAAACGACCUGCGGCCAAAGCGCCCAGGACUUCGGAUAUCCAACCCGGAGAUCCCACCCCCCAAGGCCGCCGUCACCGCUACAAGCCCGGUACGGUCGCUCUCAAAGAGAUCCGGAAAUACCAACGCUCCUACGAUCUGCUCAUCCGCAAGCUACCAUUUGCGCGCCUCGUCCGGGAGGUAGCUCUUGAGUUACUCCCUGCCGAGGUGGGCGCGGAACUCCGCUGGCAGUCGCACGCUAUCCAGGCCCUGCAGGAGGCCGCUGAGGCCUUCCUGGUCCAUCUGUUCGAGGACACGAAUCUAUGUGCCAUCCACGCGAAGCGCGUGACCAUCAUGCAGAAGGACAUCCAGCUCGCAAGACGGAUACGGGGCAUCUGGGGCGGAUUGGGUUAA